AUGGCCACCGCAGCUGGCGAGGAAGCCGCCGUCAUUGCACAAGAGUUUAUCAUAAGCACGUUAAUCAUUUGUACCCACGAAUUUGAACUAACCCUUCCUCGUAUAGGCUUAGAUAAUGUACCUGCAGAGGUCCAAUUUCUUUUGGCGGAGAUGCGCGAACGCGAGUGUCGUAUAAAUGAACUUCAAAUGCGUAUACAGCCUCGUGCAGCUCAGUAUAUCCGUCACGCCAGCAAAGGCACGAUCAACGACAAGGACACCCAAACAUUGGAGCGAGUAUCAGCAGACUAUGAACUUAUCAGCCGACUGUCUGACGAAAAGGUCGACCUCGCUCACCGUCUCAAGGACCUUCUCAUCAAGCAUUCGAACCGACUCCAGGCCGAGCUCUCACGUAUCACGAAUCCUGGAGGGGAUACGUAUAACAGACCAGCCUAUCUACCUGCGACCGGAAGGGCGAGCUCUGCAGCCCUCGGGAAUAGUGGAGGUCAUACAGCGACGUCUGUACAGCCCGAAUCGUUGGUAUUCAGCGGAGCUAGCCGAACUCCAAUAACCAAUGUCGUGUCUACGCUCAAGGCAGAGACGAGUACUGCUGCUACCGCGGCCGCAUCGACGCCAGCACCAGUCCCUGUCGUCGUUGAGCCUGCACCAAGUGUUUCUUCUGCGCCUUCACCUGCUGCUACACCAGCGGCCAAUAAACGACGGCGACUGAAUGCUACACAGUCCAGCUCGUCCGUUCAACCCGCGACUGCAAUGCCGGCACCUUCUACACCAUCUGCUCCUCGCUCUGCACCACGUCCACCAAACGGAGGUGCGACACUCGCACCCACGACGCCGAGCGUUCCCAGCACACCCGCCUCGGGCCGACCGCGACGGGCUGCAAGUGCUGCUGCGACUAACGUGAGCCCGACACCGAACAAUAACUCGAGCGCCGGUCGCAAUACGAGCGAGUCUACGUCCAUGAGCACAGCGACCAACGGGGGUGACGAGCAGGAUGCAGAGGCAGCUGAUGAUGCAAGCAGCAACGCGGGCGAUGAUGUGGACAUGGAGGGGGACGAUGGUCCGUAUUGCCUCUGUCAAGAGAAGAGCUACGGGGAAAUGAUUGGGUGUGAUAACGGCGCAGAUUGUCCAUAUCAAUGGUUCCACGUUGCUUGCGUUAAAGUUCAGAAACCGCUACCGCCGACGUGGUACUGUGACAUUUGCACAGAAAAAUUGGGCUUUGUCGACAAUACGGGCACUACUCAAGCUCAAGCGUCGGGAUCCGAACGUGCCGCUCGGAAGAGAAGACGGUGA